AUGACAGCCAUUGUGUGGGCUUUGGAAGCACGUGUCGAAUUUCUUCACGUGGCACUUCAUAAAGAGGUCAGGCGCUGUUUGUCAGCUGUCGUCGAGAUGCCUCAACUGUACAAACGGGUACGUGAACGCACUUACGGUAAUGAUGAACUCGCCAGUGCAGUAGCGGCCAUAAAGAACGGGAUGUCCUACCGAGAGGCGGCUAGUGUCUUCUCCAUUAAGAAGGCAACCCUUGAGAGAUAUGUUAAACGUUCAAAAGAGACGCCUCUUGUAAAAAUUGUGGAUCAGGGAAGACCUCCUGUCUUUUCACGAGAGCAAGAAACCCACCUCGUCUCAAGGCUGCUCCAACUGGCCGAAAGAGGAUUUCCCCUGACAUCAAAAGAUGUUCGCACUGCAGCGUUCAAGCUUGCUGUGUCUCUUAACCUGAAUCAUCCAUUUCAAGAGCCUGCUGCUGGACGAGACUGGCUUCGAGGAUUCCUCAAACGUCACAAGGAUCUCUCAAUUCGUCAGGCUGAGGGAUUGUCACGGGUUAGGGCGGCUGGUUUGACAAGGGAAAGAGCGAACGGCUUUUACGACCUCCUGGAAAAGGCUUUGGAAGAGAUGAACUUACAAGGUUACCCCCAACUUAUCUACAACAUGGAUGAGACAGGGUGUCCAAUGAACAACCGUCCGCCGAAGGUGGUCACAAAAAAAGGUGAGAAGACAGUGGUCGCAAGAACACUGAAUGAGAAGGGCGAAAACGUGACUGUCAUUGUGGCGUGCAAUGCGGCGGGAAUGUACAUUCCUCCCAUGGUUGUGUUUAAGGGGAAACGUCUAUUGUCGGAGUUCAACGCAGGCAUGCCAAAUGGGUCGGUGGUCGUCAUGUCGGACUCGGGAUACAGCAACGAAGAGAUUUUUUUGCAGUGGCUGAAGCACUUCCAGGCUCACCGACCUCAAGGCCGAACUCUCUUGAUCUUGGAUGGCCACGUGAGUCACACUAAGGACAUAGACGACCUGAACUACUGCAUAGAAAACGACAUCGUCAUGUUAUGCCUCCCAAGUCACACAACGCAUGCCCUGCAGCCACUGGACACGUGCUUUUUCAAGCCAUUUAAGCACACCUACCACCAGCUUCUGAACCAGUGGGUGCGCUUUCAUCCAAACGAUGUCUUCACAAAAUCGAAGUUUGGUCACAUUUUGGGACAGGUAUGGGCGUCUGUAGCGACCCCUGCUAAUGCUUCGAGCGGCUUUGAGGCCACAGGAAUUUUUCCCUUCAACCGAUUGCGUGUGCCGGAUCACAAAUUUGCUCCUGCGCAGCUGGAUGAACCCUCCACUAGCUCCGCGCUGCAAGGCACGCCACGUCCGGAAGACAGCCAGAGCAGAGAGCGUGCAGGGGAUGCGUCGUCGUCGUCUGCGAGUUCUGCACCUGCUGAGCCAACGACCCCACCAGAUCCUGCGACAUCUGUGAGGCAGGUAAUCCCUUCACCAGCGAAAAUUUCCAGGCAGGCACGUCGGAGCCGAAUGCAGAGUAGCUUUGUGGUCACAUGCCCUGAAAAUGCACAUUUUUGA